CUCAUUUAUAAUCUGCAAAAAAAGUACAAAAACAGCUUCAAAGGCAUCAUCAUAUUUUGCUUUAGAAAAAUCCCAGAAACAUUUUGCUUUGUCUUCCUCCCAAUUCCUCACCAUCUCUCUGGACCUGAAGAAAAUUUCCCACAAAUCAAGAUCACAAUUUUUUUCUCCUGAAUUUAGAGCUCAGAUUUUCUGUUGUUUUCCCAUGGGCCUAGUUUCUAUCAAUUCCUGAAAACCAUGACAAAGUCCAAGAAUUUCUUUCAGAAUCUGGUAAAGCCUUUCAAGUUGAGUUCGAGCAGAGAGGGACCAAGUGAAGAGGAUUUAGACCAGAUUGCGGCUCAGGAACAGAAGCAUUUUGCGUUUGAUGCCUUAGUCUCCGCCACCAGAGAUUUUCACCCAACUCAAAAGCUUGGUGAAGGUGGAUUUGGACCUGUCUAUAGGGGGAAGUUGGCUGAUGGGAGAGAAAUUGCAGUGAAGAAGUUGUCCCAUAGCUCAAAUCAAGGGAAGAAAGAGUUUAUGAACGAGGCUAAGCUCUUAGCACGAGUCCAGCAUCGGAAUAUUGUAAAUUUGUUAGGAUAUUGUGUAUAUGGAAUGGAGAAGCUAUUGGUUUAUGAAUACGUUGCUAACGAGAGUCUUGACAAGUUUCUCUUCAAAUCCAACAGGAAAGAGCAGCUUGAUUGGAAGCGGAGGUAUGAUAUCAUAACGGGUAUAGCGCGGGGAUUGCUUUACCUUCACGAGGACUCGCACAAUUGCAUCAUCCACCGUGACAUCAAGGCUAGCAAUAUUUUACUUGAUGAUAAGUGGGUUCCUAAGAUUGCUGAUUUCGGUAUGGCUCGCCUCUUCCCUGAAGACCAAUCACAUGUCAAUACCCGAGUCGCAGGGACAAAUGGUUACAUGGCUCCAGAAUAUGUUAUGCAUGGGCAUUUGUCGGUGAAGGCAGAUGUAUUUAGCUUUGGGGUUGUGGUUCUGGAGCUUAUCAGUGGCCAGAGGAAUUCAGCAUUUAGACAAUCAGUUGAUGCUCAAAAUCUACUUGAUUGGGUAUAUAAGCUCUACAAAAGGGACAGGAGUUUGGAGGCCAUGGAUCCAACAUUAGCAUCAUCAGCAGCCAAUGACCAAGUAAAACUCUGCAUUCAUAUAGGGCUGCUGUGCACACAAGGCGAUCCGCAGUUAAGGCCAAAUAUGCGACGCGUAGUCAUCAUGUUAUCAAAAAGACCUGGAAAUCUAGAAGAACCAACUAGACCUGGAAUACCCGGUAGCAGAUAUAGAAGAUCUCGCAGGCCGCCGGGAAUGUUCUCCACCGCCGGAACAUCCGGUGACUCUGAUUCUCGGACUUCUGACUACAGCUUAAACACAAAUACAGCUACAGCAUCUACCUCAACUCGUACCAGUCCAAGAUUAGAUCCUCAUGGGAAACGUCCUAUGGAAAGCUAACCUUUGUUCAAUACAAAUUUUUGGGUAACUAUUCUUUGUAUGAUAGGUAUAUAAAUUUAGUCUUCAGGCUUGUAAAUGUUAAUGCAAAAUUAGUGGUUAAAUGCAAGAUACUCCCUAAUAUUAUUUUAUUUAC